AACAUUCGCUUUUACACAACCUCAAGUGUCGUGAGUCACUUUUAUAUCGUACGUAAUAGCAAAAGAAAUGAGAAAAAUAAACAAAAAAUGUUCGUCAUUUCUUGUGACUGAGAACUCUCGUUACAAAUUUCAUUAUUAUUUACAAUUUUGGUGUUUGUGAACAUUGUUGUUCGGAAUGUAUCGUAUGUUCCUUUUUUUUUCUCUCAAUCCGGCGAUUGAAAGCUCGCUCUUCGAUAUAACAACCAAGAACAAUGGAUUUUAAGAAAACAAAACUAAAGUAAAAAAAAAAAGAAAAGAAAAACCUUCGUCGUUAGAAAUUCCGCGAACAUUGAUUUUUUUAUUUUGUCAAGAAAUUCGAUAUCUUUGUGUUUCCUGAACUGAUUAAAAUAUAUUUUAGUGUUGAAGUCUGAAGGAAAACGAAUUUUUCCAUUUUUCUACUUAUAUAUUGCUAAUAUUCGUUUUUUUUUCGUUUCUCGUCGUUUUUAUACUUGCACGGGUGUUUCCGUUCGGUCGAAACUCCAAUGGAGACAUCGAUUUUGACGUUUUUUCUUGUUUUCUUUUAACUUUUGAUCAUUCAUGGUUUAUAAGGUUAAUACUUGAGAAUCGUUUGUCAUCACCAACAAUUUACUUGUACAUACGAAUAGUGGGUUAAUAACGAUUGAAGGUGAAUAAAGUAUCAGUGGAAAUGAACAUCAUCCUGAAAUUUGUCAAUUACGAAUACGACGAAAUGCCGAUUUUCAUUUAUAAUGAAAAAAAAAAUACAUAAAAUAAAGCACCAGUUUCUUUCGACUUGGACGAAGCAACACUAGGCACAUUAUUCGUAAACGUAGCAUUUGUAGUAGUUGAAAAUAUUUUUUCGAAAUCUAGAAAUUUUCGUUGAUUCUUUCACGUCUUUAACCUAGAAGAGAUUUUGGAGAAUUAACAUUGUCCAACUAUUAUGAAUUGAACUAAGUUUGGUCAUACGGAGCAAAGAGUGACAAUUGUUCGAUUUUUCGAAAAGAAUUAGCUAUCGUUGCACUCCCUGUGGAAGAACUUCGAAUGGUUUUGAAUGUGAGCCGUAGCAAAUCUACAUCACCAGGAGUUUACAGCUUAACUUCGUUGAAUCUUAAUAAGCAGGAAUUGCCAAAACACCCUGUACCAGAUCUUAAAAAUACAGCAGAACGUUAUUUAAGAUCAAUUAAACCUUUGCUGAACGAGCAUGAAUAUUCCAGGAGUGAAAAGUUAGUCACUGAAUUUGUUGGAGAAAAUGGGAUUGGACAAAAAUUGCAUCAACAGUUGUUAAAAAGAUAUGAAAAUACCGAUAGUUGGAUGAAUGAAUGGUUCUUGCACGCUGCUUAUCUGGGCUACAGAGAUCCAGUAAUCGUUGCAUCAAGCCCUGGUACAGUUGGGCCUGAGCAACAUUUUCAAACUCCAGAUGAUUUUUACACAUUCGGAGCAAAACUUGUGGAAGCGUUAUGGGACUAUGACGCUAUGGUAAAGAGUGGAAAUUUGAAACAAGACAUGGUCCGCAAUGAUCCAUUGGACAUGCAACCUUACGCCAUGAUUCUUGGAACUCACAGACAACCUGGAAGGAUAAAUGACAAAUUGAUUCACACGGAUGAUUCGAAACACAUAAUUAUCAUGAGCAAUAAUCAUUUUUUCAAGUUGGAUAUCUGUGAUGAAAACAAAAAUAUGUUAACCGACGGUCAACUUAAAGCAGCUAUAAAAAAUGUGGCUGAACGUUCCCAAACCGCAGGACAACCAGUUGGAAUUUUGACAGGAAAUCAAAGAGAUCAAUGGGCUGAAGAUUAUCAUCGGCUCAAAGAAAUUGGAAACAAUGCAGAAAUUUUGGCAGACAUUGAGGGUGCAUUGUUUAUUCUCUGCCUUGAUAAAAAUCUCCCAAAAGUAUCAUUUUCAAAUAAAAAUAUAGCAUCUGUUCGAGCUGUACAAUGUAUGACGGGUUAUAGCAGUGUAACUAAUUCUGGAAAUCGAUGGCAUGACAAAACUGUGCAGUAUAUUAUCUCUCCGGAUGGUUUCAUGGGCAUGGAAUAUGAACAUAGUCCCUGCGAAGGAGUGCCUGUCGCUGUUCUCCAUGAUCACGUUUUGAUCCGAAUUGAGAAAAAUAGUGGGAAAAUUGAAAACUUGGCUGAUUUUCCAAAAGCCAAGCAUUUGAAAUUCGAUCUUGACGAAACUUUAGAAAAAGGGAUCAAGAGUGCCUCAGAAGUAGUGGAUAAAAUCUCAAUGGACAUAGAUAUGGAAUGUUUCGUGUUUGAUGAAUUUGGAGGAUCGGGAAUAAAACAAGCGAAACAAAGUCCGGACAGUUUUAUCCAAGUGGCGAUGCAAGUGGCUUUUUAUAAAGUUCAGGGCAUUCCUCCAGCACAUUACGAAUCGGCGGGGCUUCGACGAUUCAGAAAUACGCGAACCGAAUGCAUUAGAUCGACCAGUGUCGAUACUGUAAAUUUUGCUAAGAUUAUGGCCAAUCGGAAUUCAACACAGAAUGAAAAAAAAGAUGCCAUGGUGCGAGCCAUCAACACUCACAAGCGAAUAGCUAGUGAGGCCGCCAUAGGGCAAGGUGUUGAUCGUCACUUGUUCGGCUUGAAAAUGAUUGCUAAAUCGGAAAACAUUGAUUUGCCAGAACUUUACGCAGACGUUGGAUUUACUCGAAGUACUCAUUUCACUCUUACGUCCAGUCAAGUGCCGUACAAAACGGCAUCGUUCAUGUGUUACGGGCCAGUAGUUCCGAACGGCUAUGGCUGCUGUUAUAAUCCAAGACCUGACGAUAUAUUGUUCGCAUGUUCCUCUUAUAAAAGUUCUAAAGAAACGGAUACGAAAAAAUUCGCUAACGCUUUGCAAGAGGCUUUGAACGACAUGAAAAAAGUUGCUGAAAGUUAGAUUAGAGCUUGCGUUGAACGCAUUAUACAUCAAGAGAUUACAGACACGUUUUGUAUGAAAUCAACAUAAAUUUUAAUACUUAAUUGACUUCAAUAAAUGAAAAUUUAUUUUUUAAGAGA